AUGACAGAUUUGGGAGAGAUAACCUUUUUCCUUGAAAUGGAGAUCAAUCCAUCAUCAAAUGGCAUCUUUGUACGUCAAAAGAAAUACGCCAAUGAGAUUCUAAAGAAGCUUAAUAUGGAGAAUUACAAGUCUGUGGAUACACCUUUGGUGCAAAAUCAAAAGCUCUGCAAGGAGGAUGGUACAAGCAAAGCAGAUGAAUCUGUAUACAGAAGCUUAGGUAGCUUGCUGUAUUUGACAGCAACCAGACUUGGUCUCAUGUAUGCCUCCAGUCUCUUUUCUAGGUUCAUGAAUGAGCCAAGUGAAAUCUAUUUCAAAGCAGUCAAAAGAGUGUUAAGGUUUGUUAAAGGAAGUGUAGACCUUGGGAUUUUGUUUAGAAGGUCUGAAAAUUCAAUCAGGACUAUUCAAUUGGUUGUCCAAGAAGUAGGAAACAGUUGCUCAAUCAACUACAAAAGUAGAUUACAUCUCUGCAGCAGCUGCUGUGAACCAAGCAAUUUGGCUAAGGAAAAUCUUGAAGGAUAUGAAACCGGAACAAUGUGA